GCCAUCCACGUCAUUUUCAAUCUCGGUAUCUGCACAUGAGCUCGUCAUCCCCCACCAACAAGGACCAGCCCCUAGUGAAGGCCGAUUGCGCUGCUGACCAAGCUGACGCCGUACCAAUGGCGGUCCCGGUGAAUCCUGAAGUUUCGAUGCAGCCUGGCGUUGACCAGAACGGCUUGGUCGUGGGCCGAUGGAAAGCUGAUAUUUUCGCAUGCUGUACAGACUUGGUUCCAAACUGCCUCAUGACGUGGUGCUGCCCCUGCAUCUCCCUCGCACAAACGUUGCAUCGCGUUGGGAUGUACACGUUCAACAAUGUGCUGCUCGUGUACGGGGCGCUCUACCUCGCGCAAGUUGUGCUGUACAUCUUCCAGUCCACCACAAGCGCCACGAUGGUGUACUCCUCGUCUGGAUGGGUGUACUCUUCGGUAUCUCUCGUUUGGUCUUGGUUGUCGCUCGCCAUUCAAGUUCUUGCCCUUGUCUUGGUCAUGGUCGUGCGCAAGCGUUUCCGCACUGCAUUCCAGAUCCCCGGGUCGGAUAUUGAAGACUGCUGCUGCUCGUUCUGGUGCUCGUGCUGCGUCAUGGCUCAAAUGGCCACCCAUGCAGAAGCGUACACGCCCAACGAAUGUACGUUCAGCCCCAAGGACACCUUGCCUGGUUAUCAAUUCUAGAUAUCUCUCGGCAAGAUAUGAUCUCUUGUCCACAGGAGGGGUUGAGCAAUGUUAGCAUCAAAAUUACCGAACACAUACUAUAGUGGAUUACAAUAUUUCAGAAUUUCACGCCUUUCACACAAAAAUAUAUUUCCUUGUUGCUAGUAGUAUGCAG